CGCCUGGUCCAGUGGGUGAUUUGUCUUUUACUGAUGUGUAUGACACGUCCUUGGUUGUGUCGUGGUUGCCUCCAGCUGAGCCUAAUGGCAUCAUUAACACGUACAAGGUGCAAUGGGUGGAGGUAAGCAAUACUUUUUGGAAUAAGCAUCGUCUGGUAGUUCCACCGUCCACCGAAGCAGAGAUUACAGGUCUCACCGCUGAAACUUUAUAUGAGAUCACAGUGACUGCAUGGACAGAUAUAGGAGAAGGAGAGCCCUCGUCAGCAACCAUCAAGUCUGGAGUACCUCCGGAACCUCCGACAGCACCAAUGAACUUGGCAAUCUCCAACGUACAAGCCAGAUCAGUCUACAUACAGUUCAUUCAGGGUUACGACGGUAAGACCAGCAUUCGAGAGUGGACUACCGAGGCCCAGAUUGGUUUCAGCCAGGAAUGGGUUGUCAUCUACAAGUACAGCGAUCCCGACUCCACAGGCUACACCAUCCCGAACCUGAGUCCAUACACAAACUAUCGCUUCAGGAUAAUUGCAACAAACAUUGUUAACUCCAGUGCUCCUAGUGAGCCCUCUACUCGUACACAAACCCAGCAGGACAUUCCAUCAGUUUAUCCACAAGGAGUGGUCGUGAGGUCGUACAGUGAGACCUCACUAAGAGUCCGAUGGGUG